AUGGUGUGUCGGCCAAUUGGUUUGUCGGCCAAUCGUUUAGCACUAUGGAAUCAAUACGACGCAACACUUGCAGAUUUGCCAAAAACAAACAACUCCGUCGAAGGUUGGCACAGAGCAUUUUCGUCAUUGUUAGGUGCAUCUCAUCCAACAAUAUGGCGUUUAAUAGACACAAUAAAAAAAGAACAAGGGUCAACGGAAAUAAAAAUCAAUCAAUUAAUAGCAGGGCAAGAACAGGUAGCUAAAAAGAAAAAAUAUACGAAGACAACUACACGGAUUAAAAAAAUUGUAAAUUCUUACCAUGAACGUAAUCUCAAUGAAUAUUUAAUUGGAAUUGCUCAUAAUUUACAAAUAUAA